AUGCAAUCACCAUCGUUUCUGGCUCCAUCAAGAGAAUUGUCACGUCCGGGAACAUCAUUGCAGAUCCAUGCACGUCGAACCGAAGCACGUGAUGCAAAGAAAGCUAAAGAACUCGUUCAAACAUAUACAACUGAUGUUUUCGGACGGAUUACCCGAGAAGAAAACAUUUCAUCGAUUUUGGAACAUGCAAUAUUUGCAUUGACGCUUGACGAUAACGACGAUGAAGUGUAUGCCUUAGCUGCGUUCUAUGACUAUCCAAAUGUUCAUGGCGUUCCGUCGAAUGAUUGGGAAGAUAAAUGGUGGAAGAAGAAUUCGUUUGAUAAAACUGCGGAUACGUCGAAAGUCAAUGCGAUUAAUACACUUUUCUUGCAUUUAUUUGUCGCGCAUCCAGACUUUUCUGAAGGUUGUGCUGAAGAAAUACUCAAUGUGACUUUUCGAGCGUUACCCGAAGUCAAUCAAAUUCUUCUUUGCUUACCUCCACAAGUGACACCAGAGGGUGCAUUGGAGAAAUAUUUCAAGCCAAUUCAAACCGAACGAGUGGAUCAGACUUGUGCUGUUCUCGCUUGUUAUCGAAAAGAUCAUUUUCCAGCAUUGUUCAUUCGAACAGCGCGAGUGCAAGACAAUGACGAUCUUGCUCCAUUAUUCAAUCAGUACAAUGAAAUUCUUCGACAAACGUAUGGAGACUUUUUCGUUGCUGAAUUAAUCGAAUCACAAGAUGCAGAUAAUAAAGCAUUGGUGGCAGAAUACAACGGUUAUGCUAUUGGUUUCAUGAGCAUAUCGAAAGAAGUGAAUGUCGAUGUACUCAACGAAAUCUAUGUUCUCUCAGCCUUCCAUGGAUUACGUUCAUCCCAUCCAGAUGACAAAUGGAAUCAUCAAAUGACCGAAGAAACCGACGGUCAUCUACCGAAUUCCGAUGCAUAUGUACACGGAGAAGUCGCCUCAAAUUAUGAUGCAAGUACUCAUUUAAAAUCAAAUCCAGUACUGGAAGCGAUGCAGCGAGCGGCCGGCGCAGGAGACAAUACUACUGAACCAUUGCACCAAUUAUCUAAUAAUGCAACAGCAUCGUCUGAUUCGAAUAAAACUAAUAAGCAAGUAAAAGCAAACGAAGGUCAACUUGAUCAUCAUAGUUUAACAGCAUCGGAUUAUGCAACAACACCAUUGAAUAAAUCAACCGAAGAUUUAAGCAAUUUGAACGAGGAUGCUAAUACGGAGAAUGACAAUAAUGAUGCUGUUCUGGAAAUUGCUGAUACAUCUGCGCAACGAGCAAAGAUGACAAAAGCCCAGUUAGCUGCAGAAGAUCCAUCGAAAUUCAUCAAGCCGAAAUUGAUUAGUCGCACGCCAAACUUCUUCGGUAAAGAGAAAGCAUUUGCUAUUCAACUAUUUUGCAUCAGCGAAGUUUACGAAAAACGAUCCUUCGAUUUCUUACAAAAAGCGUUCGACAUGUUUCCUGAUCGCGAUUAUUGCAUCAUAUCCAUUCCACAGAUGGUACCGGAGUUUCCACUUCUACAAUCAUUCGUGCGCAUUCCACCACGUGUCCAUUUACCCAACAUUCAAGAGUUGUAUUUAUUCCACCGUGCUGGUCUAUUACGUGACAUUUCCAUCGAACGUGCGGCAGAAAAACAUCUCGAUACAGUCAAACGAUUAACUGAACAUAUUUCAGCUCGCGAUAAAAUCAUCAAUGAUUUUCUCGAUGCCGUACGAAGUCGUAAACGAAGUGAUACAAGUGCUUUUCUCGAUGCCUAUAUUGUCAAUGUUGCUAAUCAAACAAGCGCUGUUGUCAUUUUCAGUAAUGAAGAAAAUAUCGAUUAUCUUCGUUCGCAAUACAAUGUCGAAGAUUUUGUUUAUUUUAACUUGCACAAACGUAGCGAUCAUAUACAUUUGUACCAUUUCGUAAUCAAUCCAAUCUUCGCUUAUAUGACGCGCUUAUUCUUGAAAGAAAUCCUACGCAAAAUUAAUAAAACAUGUGUUUACUAUCCGAUUUUCCCACGUUAUGCCGAAGAUGAAAUGCUCAAACAUCAUUCACCAACUUAUGCAAUUCAUUAUUUGGUUCCUGUACGCCCGCGUCGCUUAGUUCAGUACAAUCUGGAAGAAUUGAAAAUGAAUGCACCAACAGAUUGUGUUCUUGGUCGAUUACCGAACUUAUCUCAUAAUCCAUUUGCAUUAGCAAUGACAGCUAGGAAACUCCUGACGGAAACAAAAAUAACAAUUAAUGCACGCAUUGUCAUUGUCGGUGCGUCCACCGUCGGAUUGGCUGUUUUGGAUGCUUUGAUUAUGUGCCCUUACCUUCGUUUCAACAAUUUAACACUGGUUUCGCCACAUGGCAUGCCAGGUGAAUUUCCCCCAUCGUCUACUCGAAAUUUAUUCUUGCCAUCAAACUUGGAAUACGAAACUGAAGAGUUAAGUCGGAUCUCACUUCGAUCAUACGUUAAUAUCAUCUGUGCGAAAUUAGUUAGUCUCAAUCGACCAAUGAAAUUGGCUAUACUUGAUGAUGACACUGUUCUACCUUACGAUCACUUACUUUUAUGUACAGGCACUCAAUAUUAUGUCACAGCACCAUUGAAAACGAUUGUUGUCAAUCCAUUAAACAAAAAAGUUGUGCCACCUAAAACCGAUCGUAUCUUACUUGAACCGGCUCCACCAAAUGUCCUAACUAUUAAUGAUGAAUUCGAUGCUGCCAUGGUUCUUAAAUGGCUUCGAUUGAAUCAUCAUACCGAACAUUCGAUUUUAAUCUAUGGAGCAACACUUGAAUCGUAUUGUUGCGUCAACGCCUUGAUAGCCAAUGGUAUCCCAUCGAAUGCGAUCAAACUUAUCAUUCCACCUGAACAUCAACACAUUAACAUAUUCAAUGAUCCAACCGUACUAAAAAAUGUUCAAGAAGAAUUGCGAGAAUUGAACAUUCAAAUCUAUGAAGACUAUAUGAUGGAUGAAUGGUGUAGUCAUGAUAUGAUUGAUGCUGAACAUCCGAUUGAACGUGUCAUAUUUCGUCCACAUGACAAGAAGCAAGGCAAAGAUCUCAACUUGAAAUGCACGACGUUGUUUUGUUUUGUUAACAAACAAGUGAAUUACGACGCAUUUGUUGCUAUCAAUCACAGUUCGCUGGUGUUCGAUGGUCGACUUGUUAUCGACGAACACGAUCGUACUAAUGAUAAACGAAUCUAUGCUGGUGGAUCUUUAACUAAAUUCAAACGAGGUUAUUAUCGCGACGAAUGGUCACACACUUGUUUCAAUUCCAAAGAAGUUGGAAAUAUGCUUGCCAAUGAAUUAUUUGCACAAUAUGAUCCAAUAUUCGUUCCACCCAAAACACCAUCGGGCAAACAUCCACUUAUUCCGUUAUAUAAGAAACCCAAACGCAUUUAUGCUGUUUUACCAGGGAAUCUUCAUUGUUUACAAAUUUGUCAAACUGGUCCGACGGUUCCCUAUGAAACUGCGAAGAAAAUCGAGAAUUAUGGCACCGAUAUCAUAACGAACCAUCAAAACAACUAUUUCCGUCUUCAUAUCGAUUCGAUUGGUAUCGUCCGUACUAUUGUUUGUCUCCAUCAUGAAAAAAUCGAUGUGUAUAAUCUCUCGCAAUUGUAUGGUUUACAUGAACGAUUACUCAAUAAUCUCCGACAACGUUAUAACGAAGGUCUAAUAACUGAUCUGUUCACAUAUUUUCAAGAAAACUGGACUGUUGCUUUGUUUCACGAUCGUUUUACUGAUGUUCGAAACGAGAUUCGAGAUAUUCUACGAAAAACUCUAAAAAACAGUGAUAAUUCCAUUGUCGGAUCACUCGAGACCUCCAUAGACCAAGAUAUUAUAUUCAGUGAAGAUCAAAAAAGAGCAAUGAUUGGAAGAUUCCGCAAUGAAGGAUACAAGAAUGAAAUCGAAGAGAUUAUUUUAAGAUAUUUGAAUUAUAAUCAAUAUCAUUUACCCAUGUACGCAAGACCAACUUGA